UCUUGAAUAACGCCCAACGCACACUUUGCGGGGAUCGUCAAUCAAAACACCAGCGGAAAAAACCGAAAAUACAAACAGCCAUACAGAAGCGUAACUGCCGCUCUGAAGUUUUUCACCUUCAUUUCGUUUGUGAAUCAAGUUAUUUCUGUUAAAAUUAGUGCCCAAGCGUUCGUGAGUUUCGUUGGUUUCUAAAAAUUACGUACAUUUGUGCUGAACGGAAACGGGUCGUCGCAAUCAUCGUUCACAUUGGAAAAGCUAGUAAAAUGGGUGACAGCCGAAACAUCCGAGUGGCGGUUAGAGUCAGACCGUUCAACCGGAGGGAAUUGGAACAAAAUCAGCGUAACAUCAUCAAGGUUUUGGACAAAACCACCCUCAUGUUCGAUCCGGACGAAGACGAGGAUGAAUUCUUCUUCCAUGGCAUGAAGCAAACACAUCGGGACAUCACAAAACGAGUGAAGAAGAAACUCGCGAUGGAAUACGACGACGUAUUCGACGCUGAAGCCAACAAUGAGAUCGUCUUCCAACACUGCACAAAACCACUGGUGCAGUCCGUUAUGGACGGAUACAACUGCUCGGUGUUCGUGUACGGGGCGACCGGAGCGGGCAAAACGUUUACCAUGUUGGGCAGUGAAGAAUUCCCGGGUAUUACCUUUCUUACGAUGGAGGAACUCUUCCGACAGAUAGACGCCCUGUCUGCGGUUCGUAAAUUCGACAUCGGUAUUUCCUAUCUGGAGGUGUACAAUGAACUGGUGAUGAAUUUGCUAACAAAAUCUGGCCCCCUAAAGCUGCGAGAAGACGCUAGCGGUGUUGUGGUUAGUGGACUGGUGUUGAAACAAAUCCACAACGCGAGAGAACUUCUCGAUCUGUUGGCGCUCGGUAAUCAAAAUCGAACCCAGCAUCCGACGGAUGCAAAUGCCGAAAGCAGUCGUAGCCAUGCCAUCUUCCAAGUACACAUCCGGAUGGUAGAUAAGACCAGUGGACAGAAGAAAACGGUCAAACUCUCGAUGAUAGAUCUCGCUGGUAGCGAACGUGCCGCGAGUACAAAAGGAAUCGGGAUCAGGUUCAAGGAAGGCGCCAAUAUAAACAAGAGUCUGUUGGCGUUGGGAAAUUGUAUCAACAAAUUGGCAGAUGGUUUAAAACACAUUCCUUACCGAGAUUCCAAUUUAACCAGAAUUCUCAAAGACAGUCUCGGAGGGAACUGUCAGACGCUGAUGAUCGCCAAUGUGUCUCCCUCGUCGCUAACCUAUGAGGAUACUUACAAUACACUGAAAUACGCUUCACGUGCCAAAAAGAUACGUACUACUUUGAAACAGAACAUCGUUCCAUCGAACGUGCCAAAAGAUUAUCUGAUCAAGAAGGUUAAUGAACAAGCAGAAGAAAUUGAGCGGUUGAAGGCUAAACUCAAGAGCCUAGAGGAGCAAAAAUCUGAGAUCACUGCGCCUAUUGUGGGAUACGGUUUGCCCGAUGAAACACUCCUGAACACAUGGCGUUCGAGAAUUGAAAAUUGCUACGCCAUUGCCAAUACCUCACAGGAGCACUAUUUCAACCUACAGAGUAAGGAAAAAAUACUGAAUCUACGUUCCAAAUUGAAGGAACAAGCGGAGGCCAUAAAGAAAAUUGUAACGCUAGACGGAAAGCAUUUGAAUUUGAACAUAGCCCGCCUACAGGCAUCCAUCGAUCGGUACUCCAAACAGAUCACACAACAAAGGGAAGAAAUGCAUCGAUGGGCGAAGCGGUACAAGGCAGCCAUCAAAAGUAUUGCUACUUUGAAGGCAGAAGUGAACUCGACUCCGCUUGUCGGCUUUCUCAAAUAUCAGCUCGAAGCUAAAGACGCGGAGCUUAAUGAGGCAAAAUCCCACCAUAAGAAAAGUCACGUCAUGAAAAUCAAUAUGAUCUAUGUCGAUGAAAACAAGCAAUGGGAGAAGAUAACGACCCUCAGUGCGGACAUAAUUCAGCAGAACUACUUGCUCCUACGAAGUAUGGGACGGCUGGACAAUAUCAUUCUUGAAAAAAUGGAAAAAUUGGUCCGCUUGGAUCAGUGUCAACGCGGUGUCAAGUUCAGCGAAGACGAUGACCAGAGUGAGCUCAUGAAAGAGGUGAAUAUAACCGAUACGAGCAUCGAGAAAAUCACAAACCUAUCUGAUUGCGUAGAUACACUCGAUUGGAAUGGGGAAAUGGAAACAGAAUGUGCACUGAAGCGACUGAAGAGUGAUGAUGAAAGUGAAUCAGAAACUGUCUCCAAAAUGCAAACUGAUGAACCCAACGUUGUCGAGUUUAAGAAGCCUAAGGCUCUGCGACCUCUUAACUUCAAAGCGCAGAGUUUGAGUGUGAAAACCACCGUAACCAGGAAAACUCCAACGAAAUCUCAGAAAACAACCACAAUAGCACAAUUUAAAGUUCCUAAGCUGCUCGUCAGUGGUUCCACCAAAAUGUCUUGUGCCAAAAAAUUGCAAAAAUUCUCCAGUUCAUCGUCUUCGACCGAUACUAGUGAUCUUUCCGAUGGUCCUGAUGAAGGCACUGCUAACGGCAAUAACACCUUCUGCAUCGAUUCUAGCAAAGAUUCUGCCAGUUCCUUGUUCUCUAACGUACUUGUAGAGAGCAACGUCGAUCCCAAAGUACUGAAUAAAGUUCUCAGGCGAGCUUCCACCAAGGGAAAUGUGAUUUCCAAAGUCACACUAACCCUGAACAAGGAGAACCGGAAAUUCAGCCCCAAGCGAGUGGGCAAAAGUCCAAGGCCACUGACACGUACAAACAGUCGAUCACAUACUACGGCAACAAGUUUGAUCAAUCGAUAUCGGAUGAUGAAGGCUGGUGCAAUCGCAGGACCUUCUUCUACUGCUGGGCCCUCGUCGGGAGGACUGAAAAGUGCCUACAACAGUGAUAAUGAACGAAAGAGAGCACAGCCGAUGAAAAAGUAAACUGAUCAAGAUUAAAACCGAAAGGAAAAUAUUCCCCAUAAUGAUGUUGUGUUGGAAUUUUUCGAAACUUUGUAUAUCUACAUUUAAAGGCUUAAUUUUAUGCGUUCAGAAACAAUUGUACCGUGAGGUGAGAAUGUUGAUCAUAUUCAUAUCCUAAGAUAUUAUUUUUAUAACUGUUUAUUGAAUAUAUAGCAUUAAAUAUGAACCCACUAUAAAAAAGCAUCGCUCGUAAGUGUAUAUAGCUUGGAGCCCAUAGAGAGAAAAGCAUUCUGAGAAAGAUUAUUUUUUAGGGAGUAGAUUAUAUGAAAUGCAUAUCGUCGUCGUCAGAGAAAUUUUAUUUAUCCAUCGCAAAUUACAAAAAUCGUCCAAA